CUACUCACACCUCGUCUACUCAUUUGUGGCUCCAUUGGGGUUUCAAACUGGAAUUGAUGGUUCUGUUGGGGAUGUCUCUGUCAGGGUGUUUGACAUUGAGAUUGAAGGCGCCACAGGGGAUGUUUCCGUCGGGGUGUUUGACAUUGAAAUUGAAGGUGCCGCGGGGGAUGUCACCGUCGGGGUGUUUGAGGUUCAGAUUGAAAGCGCUGCGGAGGAUGUCGCCGUCAGGGUGUUUGACAUUGAAAUUGAAGGUGCUGCGGGGGAUGUCUCCAUCGGGGUGUUUGUCAUUAAAAUUGAAAGCACCGCGGAGGAUGUUGCCGUUGGGGUGUUUGAGGUUGAGAUUGAAGGCGCCGUGGGGGAUGUCUCUGUUGGGGUGUUUGACAUUGAAAUUGAAGGUGCCGCGGGGGAUGUCACCAUCAGGGUGUUUGUCAUUAAAGUUGAAAGCACCGCGGAGGAUGUUGCUGUCGGGGUGUUUGAGGUUGAGAUUGAAGGCAUGUCGGCAAUGGCCCCAUCAGGGUGUUUGACAUUGAAAUUGAAAACAUGA